AUGAAGAAUGAUGUUUCUGCUGCUGAUGAUUUAGUGGAGAAGGAUUUGGAAAUCAACAAAGAUGUUGCUGAUGAGAAUGAUGAUGUUGAUGAUCUGCUGAAUGAAAAAGAAGAUGCUGCUGAUAUGAAUGAUGUUGUUGAUCGGUUGAAUGAGAAAGAAGAUGUUGUUGAUGGGUUGGAGAUGAUAAACAAUGAUCGGAAUGAUGCUGCCGAUGGGUUGGAGAUGAUAAACAAUGAUGAUGUUGGGUUGGAGGAUGCUGUUGUUGAUGGUUUGGAGAUGAUAAACAAUGCUGCUGUUGUUGAUGAUGACAAAGAUUCUUCUGCUGUUGAUGAUGCUUCUGCUGUUGAUGGUUUAGAGAUGAACAAAGAAGUUGUUGUUGAUGAUGAUCAAAACAAAGAUGCUGCUGCUGAAACUGUUGUUGUUGAAACUGCUGCUGAUGAAGAGGCUAAUGAAAACAAAGAUGAAGAGCCUGCAGCAGUUGUUGAUAAGAAUGCUGAGUUGGGAAAGAAAGAAUUGGCCACGAAGAAGAAGAGGAAGGUGGUUUUGGCCAAAAAUAGGUUGCAGCAGUUGGGCAAGAAAAGGAAGAUGAAUGAAGAGGCUGACAUGGAAAAGAUGAAUGAUGAAGAGGCUGACAUGGGAAAGAAGAAUGAUGAAGAGGGACAGAGUUUUCGGAGAAAGAAGAGGUCCACACAAUUGGGGAACUACACAGAUCCUAAUGGAAAAUCCUUUAAACUCAUUGAUCCAGUAACUGUCAAUCCUCUUUUAGAUUAUGAUAGUGAACUGUUGGAUGAGUUGAAACAAUGGCUGAAGCUGGAGGAUGAAGACAAGAUAAAUCUGGUUCUUUUCCAUGCUGGUCGAGAAUUGUUUAACAGAAUGUUGAGGCCUCAGAAUUGGCUACAUGAUCAGCAGGUUAAAAAGAAAUAG